GGCGCGGUCCUUGAGGCGGGGGAGGUGCGGGGCUGCUUCCUCCUCCCCCCUCCGCGGUGAGGGGCUGCUCUGGGCUGGGGGAGGGCUGCGGUGGGGGCUCGCUGGUGGCCGUGGGCUUUCCCCAGGCGGCCUGGGCUUGCUUUCUGUCAUGCUGGGCUCCCCCGGGGUGACCCCUGCGGCGCUGGCCUGAGGGAGGUUGUGCUCCCCCCUUGGCCGGGCCUGUGCCCGCCUUGGGUGCUGGGCUAGCUGGGGUGCUGUUGAAGGUGCGCUGGUGAGUGGAUUUUGUGGAUUUUGUUGCUGUCUCUAGGCUCCUGUGAUGCCGCGGUUAAGGUCAGGGAAAGUGGUAACUGCCAGCGAGGUGAAGUCAGCUGACGGGAUGGUCACCAGCCCAAGCUCUCUGGGUGCAGGGGUGGGACGUGAGCCAGGGAAAAAGUUGUUAGUCAAGCAUAGUCCUCACCUGGCACCAAAGAGAAAACCUGAGCAGCCCUUAUCCUCCUGUCUGCAACCUGCCAUGCUCCCCAGCAAUUCCUGUGAGCAGUUUGCUCUUCUUGUGCCCAUGCAGAAGGAGCAAGGUGAGAGUAGCCGGAGACUCCCAGGUAAAAAAACCAAGGGGAUACAGUGCAGGAGGGCUGCCAGAAGCAACAAGGCUGUAGCUCUGCCAAUUUCAGACACUGCUGUGUGUGAAGGUUGGCAGGCAGUGACCAUGGCUGCAGCAACCUGCCGAGAAGAGACUGUAAGGAGAGGGACAGGACAAGGUCAACAGCUAUUUUUCUCAGGAACUACUUUGCAAAAUAAACUCUCGGCAGGGAUUGAAAGGAAAGAACAUAGCUCAGAAGGACUGAACCUCUCAGGUUUCCAGGAGAGUUCAGGGAGCUCAGGAAAAAAAGGCAAAUAUUCCUUUAUGGAAAUAAAAUUACAAAUCCCAUCCUCAGAAGAGGAAAUUGAGAGCACAGAGAGACAUGGCAUUUCCUGUUUGCCAGAACCAGGGGUGCUGCAACCCAGAAAGGGCACAUGUAAUGAAAUGAAAAGGACUGACUCCAUAAUGAUGCUGAAGAUGCAAAUCCCAGGUCUUAAGAAGAAUUUGGGGAUUCAGGAAUCCUUGUCUGAACCAAAACCUCAGGAAGAGCUAGAUACACCAGAGAAGUUGGAUGGGUGUUCUUUAAUUGGAUCAAGAAAGCCAGGGACAGAGGAGAAAGGAAAGAGAUGCUUGAGCAAGAAAGGCGGUACAUCUUUGAUGAAAGCAAAACUACAAGGUCCCAAAGAGAGGGGUAGAUCUGCCUUGCUAGAACUGCAUACACAGUAUCCAGAGUCCAAGAAAGGAGCUGUGAUUCUGAGGAAGAGGGACAGAAACGCACUGAUGUCACAGCAGCUACAGGGCAUAAGUCUCCAAGAACAACCAACAGCCAGAGGAAAAAUGCACAAGGGUUGCAUGAAAGAAGAGCAGCAGAGCUCAAACCCUCAGAAAGGAGCAGACAGCCUGGGGGAAAGUGCAAAGGAAAAACGGAAAGCAAUUGAGCAGGACCCUGGUACACAGGCUGUGAAGAAGCUUAAGACAAAUCGAAACAGAUCAGAAGAUUCCAAGGAAAAGGAACCUCACUACUCUAAAUCUCUCAUGGUUGCUACUUCAGGUGGGACUCAAAGCAAGAGCUUUCUAUGCCAUCCUGUAACAAAGAAGUCUGGUGUGCAGUAUAAAAAAAGUAAACCCAGAAUUGAUCAAAUCAAGUACUUGCAAAGUUUUAGUGUGACUACAGCUGAAAAAAUGAGAAAUGUGUCUGCAAAAUGUGAUGCUGAACGUUGCAGAAAUGCCCUAAACCAUUGUAAUGGCUUGCUCUGUGCAACAGAAAAGAAUCCAUUUGUGAGAUUAGAGGCCUGUAGUUACAUCAAUACAUUUGUGAAGUCUUCAGCUAGUGGAACUGCCAGCAGUUAUAAAUUAAGUGGAUUCUUCCAUGUAGCCCAGGAUAAAAGAAAGCAUGUUUUUCCUCAUGGUACUGUAGAACAGAGUGAUAGGAAUUGCAGCACUAAUAGAAUGCAAAAUGAGAGAUUGCCCAUAAGAGGUGGUUUAUUGUUCAAUAAAGAAAAAAGUCAAAAUGGAGAAGGGUGUUUUUCAUGCUGUCAGAGUGAAAACAAUAAGUGUUUAAGGGGAAAAAAGUGGAAUAUUGGUAGAAAGCCUAGAAAAAAGAUGAAAAUCACUGAGAAAUCAGCAGUAGAGAAUAUUUUCGCAGACAUGGCUAAUGAAUGCAGCAAGUCUGAGUUACAAACAGAAGCGGCAGUUCCCAUGUCAAGUUCCUUUGCAGAAUUAGGACUAAAUCAUAAAGAAAUUACUCUGUCAGCUUCAUGUGAUCACACAUCAAAUCUUCAUAUAGGAAAAAAUAGUCAUGAAGCACAAACUAUAUCAGUCUGGAGAAAGAAUAGUACCAAAUUACUUGCAUUUGAAGAUGGCUUUAAGAAGACAUCUGAGCUCUCUGUAAUAGCAAAAGGAGAAAAUUCAGACAGCGUGGCACAUCAUUCUGCUGCCUCAGGUAGCCUGAGAGUGCUAGCUGAGGUCCAUGACGUUUCUAAUUGUCACAGAAGCAAGACAGAUGAAAAAUUGAAGAAAGUUCAUAAAAAAAUGCAGCAGUUUACCUGUCAAAGAGCAGUACCCAUGACUGGUAAAAAUGUUUGGCCUUUCAAAUCUUGUGCCAGGACUUCUGAAAGGGUUCGUAAAAAUCAUGGGUCCAUCUCAGAAGAAAAAGGACUUUUAAGGGCUGCUGUCAAGGAAUCCUCUGAUAAAAGCAGUGUUAAAGCUGUAGCAGACAGUGCCGUGACUGGGAAUUUGAGACAGUUGGAUUUGCAUACAUCAUCAGUAGAAGUUAACAAAGAAUCUACACAUAAAAUAAUAGAUCCAAAUACUGAAUGUCUGACUUCACUUGAAACACCAGAAUCCUCUUCCAUGGAUAUUUAUGAGACACCAAGAAAGAGCAAUGAAAAUGCGGAAUUACCACUUAAUAUGGAUAGAGCUGUGGCGCUUAACCAUGAUGAUGUGCAAGAAGUUAAAGCAACCUUGAAUUUUACAACAAAACAAAAAGAUAAAGGAGCUGUAAUGAAAAGAAACCUGUCUGUGACAGUCCAGAAUGGUACAUCUACAAGUAACAGAAACAGAAUAAACUUCAGCCGUGAAGCAUCAGUAGUGAACCAGACAUUUUCUGAUUUAAAGCUAAUGAAAGUAUUAAACACUGGAAACCUGACAAAAUUCAAAAUUCCUUUAUGCAGAAACAAACCUGGAUCCAGGAAAUUGGAAUCUGUCCGUUCAUUUGAAAGAAAAUCCUGUAGUCCACUAGAGCUUCUUGACAGCACUAGUGUUUCAAGAAGGCAGAAAACAGGCGAAGAGACUUUUUUGGUAAAUUCCGAGCAGCAGCCUCUUCCUGUUGCGAGUGAUGCUAUGUCUACAGCUUCCAUGAGGAAAAAAGCAGAUGAGAUCAACAGUAAGGACUUUCAGCAUGAUAGCUCUGAAAACGUUUCAGAUGAGAUGUCUGCGCUCCCUGAACAUUUUUCUUUAUAUCCACAUCCUUUUCUUGAUGGACAACUAGAGUCAUCUGUGCCUGAUUUCCAUGGUACUGAAUGUGUACUAAAAUCUCAUUUUCCUGAUGAUUCUUGGAAUGCAGUUGGCCACCCUGUUGCAUUAGAAAUAAAUGAUGAUAGCAAAUCAAGAGGGAAUCUUUCACAACACAAAAGUCAAAAUUUUCCGGAUAUUCUUGAAGCUUACAAAGAAGAUGUUCUUGUCAUUGAUGUGAUUCAGGAUGACCCUGACCUUUUUGGAACCAAUAACAAAGAGGAGCUCGCACCUGCAGACUGUGAAAAUUGUCCUGUGAAAGCAUCCGGUACUAGCACCUGCAUUAAAGAUGAAAAGCAGGAUCUUAAGCCUGAGUAUCCUGUUGCCUCAGAAAAUGGAGAUUCAGUAGAGGAUAAUUUUAGACACAUUACCAUACAAGAAUCUGGAAUGUCAAAUGAUACUGAAAAUUCCUGUGAUUGGGUGCUGAAAGCUAAAGAUAUUAAAGCCCACAACUCCUCCAGAGGAAGCAGUCCUUUGGGAGGUGUUACUGAAGACUUUCUUGAAGAUGGGCAACUGAGAGAACUAGAUGAACUUUUAAAGAGUUUUGACGUGGAUGAAAAGUCCAGGUUUGCAGAUGAAGUCCCUGAUGUUAAACAAGAAAAAAAGGGUGAAGCUGAAAAAAGUGACUGUAUAUACAAAGAUCUUGUGAACUGUGAAUUGCUAUCAGGAUUGCCAUUGCAUGCCCCGAAAGUAAAUGCCCUCAGUGAAGCUACAGUGAUGAAACCCCGGACAAAUGAUUACAGAUUUUCAGGAAAAAGUCCUUUACUUCCUUUGCAGAAUUCUGGAGGUUUUGAGCCAUGGAAGAUGGAAAAAAAUGCAAUUGCUUCUUAUUCAGUCCAGCGGAUCCUCGAGAUGAUUGAGUUGCCCCGUAAAUAUUGCAGAUUUUAUUUCACGACUUUGCGUGGGUGUGAAAGAGCAAAAUGUUGGUUUUGGCAUGUUCCUGAACAAGGGGAUGAAAAGAUUUGCAUGGCAAUACUUAGGGCAUACAUUAGUAUCAAAGAAUCAGGCCUUCUAAAACGUGCAGUCCAAAUAUUUGUGAAAUAUUACAGAGAAGUUACUCCUGGUGUGGAUUUUGUUUCUCAAGUGCUGAAUGAUCUUCUCAUUUCUUUGCUCAAGAACUGUUUAUUGCAGGAAGUAUUUCAGAUAUUGAAUGUAACUGCACGAAUCAAUACACUGCCAGCUGUAGAUGUUCUUCUGAAAGUUUUUGAGCAUGUGGCUGCUUUGAAUAUAAGAGAUGCUGUGCCUACAUUAAUCAGUACCUUUUGUAAGCUCAUUGAUGCAGGUAUGUUCCUUGAGUUUGAACAUUUUGACUAUAUUAUUAAGUUCCUUCACCAAUUGCAAGUUUCCAGUCAGGAAAUAAAUACUGUUUUGAACAUAAAAUCCAGGUUUCAGGAAAGACAUUUUGAAAAGAACUGGCUUUUUGACUUUAACUUGGCAGUGGCUGAAAUUCAGCAUUGCAAGGAAAAAAGUGAUUGGACCAAACUGGGAUCUUUGUAUGUUAAUGCGAGAACUGGAUGUGAACAUUUUGAUGAUCUUCAGAAAUUGUCUUUAUGUAUUGUUGAAAUACUAACCAGAGAUUCAGAGACAGACAGACCAGGGGUUCCUUUCUGUGAUUUUGCUGAUGCAGUAAUAAAAAAUUCACAACAUAAUGAAGCAGACAGAAUUUUCAUUGGAAGGAGUGGGAUAAGCGUAAUGUAUUCUUACCACAAAGCACUGCAGUGGAUAAAGGGAAGGAAGGUUUUGGAUAAAUUGCAUGAGUUACAGAUACAUUUUACAGUCUUGAAAGGACUUACAGGUGCAGAGAGGUUAGCAUCAAGAUGUCAAAUUGUUAAUAAAGCUGCAGAAAUUUUUCUUAAAACUGGAAGUUUGAAUGGAGCGACAUGGGUAUUAAGAGAGUCAGAGUGGACCACAAAUGCACCAUCGUGGCCCUGUGAUAAAAUGGACAUCCUCAGUCGACAUAAUCUAUUAUCCACACUAGUGCACAACUACUUGAGGAAGAGUUUAUACAGGCAGGCAUUUGAAGUUCUGCAGAACUUGCCAGGUUUUCAAAAUCAUUCUGAUACUGUAGAUGUUUCUCACUACAGCUGCCUUUUUAACAAGCUGAUAAAUGCCUGUUUUGAGAGCAAGAACCUUGGGGUCUCAUCUUGUGCAGUAGACUUCAUGCUUUCAAAAAACAUAGCUAUUGAUUUUUUUUUACUCAGAGGAUUAAUCACAGCUUUGGGAAGAAGUUCUUUGUGGUCUAAAGCUAGGAGCUAUUACAAAAGUGCUUUAUCAUUGGGUUGCUACCCACCACUGCAAGGAAAUUUGUAUCACAAACUUUUGACAAUUCCGUCUUACUUGUCUGAGGUUGAGAUGCUGUUGGCCAUUGAAAUGUUCCUUGUUUCAAAUGCCAGUGAUAUUCAAAGUCCAAUGGCUACUAGUCAGACUCUUCAAAUAAUACUGAAAAGAUGUGAAGAUCAGACAGUUCAGAAUAACAGUGUGUAUCAAGCAGCAGUGGAGAGACUGAUCCUGGCUGCUCGUUUAUCUGAUCCAAAGCUUUUUCUUAAGCAUAUGACGAUGAAUGUCAAUAUGGAAGAAGUUUACAGCCUGGAGCUUACAUCUGCUCUAAAAUGGCUUCAGGAGAAUAUGAAAUGGGCUGGGAAGGUCUGGCUGUUUCAGCAGUCAAUUGUAAAGACUUUUGGUUUUUAAUGGUUAAAGCGAUUAUUGUUGAAAAUAAUACAAAUUAAUAAAGGCAGUUCCCACUGUGUUCAGACUGUGCCUUACUGAUAACUUGAGACUUCAAACUCAAGGGUUUUUUUUCAAUACUUACAUUGAUGAUAAUGCAGAUAGUAGCACAGAAAGAGUCAUUUUUUUCCCUAACUAUGUAGAUUGUCACACUGACUUACAUAGAUGUUUUGUAAUGGCAUCAUUAGAUAAUGAGGAAGCUGCAGCCUCAGAACCUACAUUCUCCUUUUUUACAGAGAAUCUAGCACUGUUACUCUUCUCCCAGCAGGUGAUAUAAGUGCAUUGACUGAGUGUACCUACUGUUCUUGAAUGAGACAUUUUCCACAUUGCUUCAUAGUCUGUAGAAUUAAUAUGUUUCCUUUUGUCUUCCUCACAAUAUCUUGUGAGGGUAUUGUCUCAUCUGUGUGCCCCUUAGAUCUUAAUUUCCUUACUCCAAAAACCCAGUAAAAAGCACGGAGAAUAAAGUAACUUCAAAAUCACUUGAGACGUGCCUGACUUAGGAUACCUUCCUUUACAGAACUGAGAGGGUCUACACAAGUUGCUCACAGCUGAAGGUUUAGUUGUGUCUUGAUAGUAACUUGUAUAUGACUUCAUAUUUGUAUAUAUGCAUACUCCCACUGAAAAGGAGAACUUGCUUUUGCCCUUGAUUGUGCUCUUGGAGGGAAGUGGUUUUGCCCCAUUUUUUAGUUUCUGCCAACUGCAUGAUGAGCUGGAGGCUUCUAGCAAGCUGGUUCUAGCAUUCCUGGUUCUUCAGGAAUUCUUUUUCCCACCUGCAAAUCCUGAAUCAGAUUUGGAGUAUGAAUUGCUUAAGUCACACUUCAUCUACUGAUCUGCAGCCUGAGUAAGAAGAACCAAACAUUACAUAUCAGGAAACUCUCAUGGCAAAUCAGUGAGACCUCUUGUUAAAGCUGAUACUUGCCUGAGCUCCCCACUUCUGUAGUGUUAGUUUAGAUCUCCAGUACCAUCACAAACAUGCCAAUAAUACAGCUCUUUUGCCCUGUUGUGCAUCUGCUUCAGAGCUUUUUGUGCUAAAAAUUCCUGCUCUCUUGGGUAUAGUAGUUUAUGGGUUUUUUAAGGCUGUUCCAUCAUAAGGGAGAUCAAGAUGGUGGCAUUAGCCCUCAAUGUUUGAAAAAUCUUUCCCUCCUUUCGGGCAGCAUGAGUCUCUUCCCAGUUCCAGCAGCAUUAUUGCAGGUGUCCUUUGUGCCUCUGAAUCAUGAAAGCCAUCAUGAUCUUAGCGCUGGAUGGUUGUGGAGGGUUUUGGAGGGGUGUUGGUGUUUUUUUUGUUUGGGGGGGUUGCCACUCCAGUCUUGAGGUUCAUGCCAUUAAUCUGAUGUCAUUAAUCUGAUCAACAGUUGUUACAUUCCUGACCCUCUUCAGGGUCAGAUUCUGACCCUUUUCAAUACCAUGGUUCAUCCAGUCUGUCUGGGAGUUGCUACUGGAAGAGAGAGGAUAGAAUCUGAUGACCACCACGAUCACCGCCUUCCUACUGUACCACCUGUGCAGAAAAAUGCAAGGAUACAGGCUCUUGUGUUUUCACAGGGUAUCAUUCUUCUGUAGGGAUCUCAUCUGCUUUCCUUCUAAAAAAUGGUAGAUUCAGUACUAACAAUCAGAUGGCAUUUCUUUAAAAGCCCUUUACCUCAAAAUUUCUCUUAAAGAACAGUUGGGACUAAUUCAAACAGACUUUGGGUUCCACCACUGGUAUUCACCGAGAUGGCUCUGCCAUUUGUAUGGCUAUCCGCCUGGUCAAACCCAGUAGCUGAAAGCCUGGAUAAGAAGUGAUCAGCUUUCAAAUGAGGGAUCUAAACUGAUAUUCUUCCAGCCACUCCAGCAUUAGUGGCAAGAGCAAUUUUGGAAGGUUUCAACAAACUAAAACUGGCAGUGAGAAACUAAGUCAUUUUUGCUAAUUACUUCUUGUAAGUUCCUUUGUAGCUUAAUCUCCCUUGGAAUUAGACAGAGGCUAUCUGAACCUCAGCUAAAUCCCACAUUUCUGUAAGCGGUACCAGAUGUGGCUAAUACUGUGUUUGAGAGACACAGAAGGACAAAAUUCUCUUAGUAAUCUGUAUGGCUUCAAAGCUUGGGAUGUUCUAGAGACAGCAUCAUUUUUUCCAUUAUAAGCAACCUUGAAUUUUCACUUAGAUCAUCCCCAGAAAAAAAUCCAAAAUGUUGCUUUAUUUUGCAGACAGAGGUUAAUCAUUGACCUUCUAGCUUAACUUGGAACUGUGUAAAAUUUGUGCAAUAUUUUGGCUCCAUCUCCUGAGUAUCAUCUUCAGCUGAUAGGAUGCAGUCUCACUCAUGGUUUAUAUUAACGAGCAAAGCAAACUCCCCACAUCAUUGCUCAGAAGUUUUGUUACAACUGGUGCAUCUGGUGUUUUGUCAAUACAGUGUUUCUCCCUAUCACCAUGAUAAACCAAGUAGGCAAUUUAAACAACUUGACUGUUAAGUCCUGUAUUACACAUUUUUGUACUGUCUGGGUCCACUUGAAAUACCACACAAAUCUGGUCAUUUUGAUGUGUAUCAAAAUGCCAAAAAGGUUUCUCAAGCAACAUUCUGAGUACCGUUUUGGUGACAGAAAUUCCAUGUGCUGAACAGGACAAAACUCCAAUGUGAAAUGGAAAUGAGCCUGGAAAAAUGAAAAAAUGUUCCAAAGGAUAAAGUUAAGUACAAAAGAGACAAUGCAGUUUUGCAGAGCCAGCCACUCAGUGGACAAUAUCCAUAUUUUUGCUUUUCCCCAGGUGUUACUGUUUCUUAGUAGCUGAAAGAACUUCUGUGUUUGAGAUUAAGCAACUCAUUUGAUAUAUUUAAUUUUUCAUAUAGGAAAUAAAAUGUAUGUUUACCUGUUUGCAGAGAGAGGCAGAAAAAUGUGCAAAAAAACUUUCCUGUGCUGCGCCGAGUAGCUAGGUCUAGACAAUGCUGUGUUCCUUCAGUAUGUUGUUAGAUGCAUGAGGAAUUCCCUUUGUGAAAAUCUUUCUGCAGUUUUCACUGAUUACAAGGUAUGCUCUUGGAAAAUUACUUUUGUUAGGUAUGGACAGCCUCUUGUAACUAAAACAGAAUAAUGUUGUUUGGAAGACGUAGCACAAUUCUAUUUCAAAGCAUUGAAAGUUUUGAGAGUUCCUUAACCCACAUCGGGAACGGAAGUGAGAAGCUGGAAAUAGAAGCUUGAUAGUUUUACAAUGUUUUACAAAGAGCAAUUGGGGGGAUC